AUGCCCUUAAAGCCACCUGAGUAUGAUUCUCCCUUUCAAGACCCACAAGUGAAUUUUCGACCCAAGUUCCGCUACUGGCUCCCUGAUGCCAGUGUUCACCACGAUGAAGUCGCUCAAGAUAUUUCGAAUCUUUCCGCGAUUGGCGCUGGCGGAGUGGAAUUCCUGCCAUUCUACUAUUACGGCGGUGUUGGGUUGCAAAGCCCUACUGCUGAUUGGGAUAAAUAUGGCUUUGGAAAGCCUGCCUUUCAGGCACUCUUCAAAGACGCUCUUCGUGUCGCGAAAGCCUCAAAUGUCCUGAUGGACUUUGCGGUCGGUGUUAACCAGGGCCAAGGCGUGCCUUCAGAGCCAUCCACACCCGGCCUUGCCGUACAAUUGCUUGUUGGAAAUGCGUUUAUCACUUCUGGUGAAACCUUUAACGGCCCCGUGCCACCACCUGGACAUCUCAAUAAAGACCUUGCCUCAGGAGCCUAUUUUAUGCUUGAACUUGAGCAGUUUGGUACACCGAAUCUCACAGCUGUGAUCGCAGUAAAAGUGUUUUCAAUAAUCUUGGAUGAACCAUCUGUUGUUGAUCUAACGACUACCGUCAUGGAUGGCCUGUUGACAUGGACACCACCCCCAGGAAACUCCACAUGGAGAAUUUUCACUUUUUGGCAACACUACACGAAUCAGAGGUCGUGCAUAGCAACGCCCGGCGCUGUUGAUUAUAUCGGCAAUGGAUCUUGGAUUGUUGAUCACUUUUGCAAAGAAGGAGCCGCUCGGGUAACCGAUUUUCUGGAUCGGUACGUUAUUUCAGAUGCCGAGACUGAAUCCUUACUCCGCCAAGUGGGAAAUUAUGCGUGGGAAGACAGCAUGGAAAUUCUCGCAUCCCUAUACUGGACGCCAGAUUUCCUUGACAAAUUCGAGAAGGCUCGAGGAUACAGCUUGGUUAAGUAUCUCCCAUUGAUGUUUGGAGCCAAUAAUUCCUUCGGUCAAAAUUUUCCGCCAUAUUCAGAGUUGUACUUGUAUGUGGAGCCCACCGAUAAUGGACUACAUGUUCAGGAUUAUCGAACCACUCUCAACGAGGGAUACCAGGAAUACAUCGCACACUUUCGCAAAUGGAGUCAUUCCAAAGACAUUCAAUAUUCGAAUCAGCCUGCAUAUAAUCUCCCCCUUCAGAUGCUUAGCGACAUUCCUUAUUUUGACGCUCCGGAGGGUGAGUCUUUGGGUUUCUCAAACCUAAUCGACGCGUAUCGUCAAUUCAGUGGACCAGCGCACCUGGCCGGUAUCCGAGUAAUCUCGACCGAACUUGGCGCCGUCUUUUCGGCCUCAUAUUCACAGAAGUUGCCGGACCUGAUUUGGAGCGCCAAAACUGCGUUUGCCGGAGGUCUUACAAUGAUGGUGAUCCACGGAUCACCCUACUCUGGCGACUAUCCCAAUACUACGUGGCCGGGCUAUACCACGUUCUACUACAACUAUUUUGAAAUGUGGAAUAUUAAACCAAUAUAUAUCCUUCAGAAGGGGACCGCAAGGGUUGACCUUGCGUUCUACCCCUACGCGUCGCCUUGGACACACUCAAUACAGUACAAUUCAACCAAUCUUCAAGAUCUUGGCUAUACUUAUGACUACUUAGGCCCGGAUAACCUAUAUUCAGUAAAUGCCAGAGUCCAGGAUCAUGUGUUGGCGGCGGAUGGGCCAGCAUAUAAAGCAUUGAUAUUUUCGAGUGUAACACCCGAAUAUCACGCCACGAACUCCCAGCCAUCGUAA